AUGGAACCGUUAGACGAGACAGCAAAUCUGCUUCCCGCUCCUGAGGAAGCAGAAGUCCUCCCCCUGGAGCAAAAAUAUCACGAGUACAAUUUGGCCUUACCAAAGUUUCCCAUUCUGUUUUCGUUAUGGCUGGGUAGCUUCCUGAGCUCCUUGGAUAGUACUAUUGUCGCAAAUAUUAUGAAUAGGGUGGCUGAGGAAUUCUCUGAAUCCAGUAAAAAACAAUGGAUUGCGACAAGCUUCCUCCUAACGAAUACCGCUUUCCAACCAUUGUAUGGUAAACUUUCCGAUAUAAUAGGUAGAAGGCCUGCACUAUUAACCGCUCAGUUUUUCUUUGGCCUGGGAUGCCUGUUGACAUGUUUUGCCAGAAAUGUUACGGAAUUCUCAAUAGCUAGAGCCAUAUGUGGUAUUGGUGCAGGUGGGUUGAAUGCCAUAAGUAGCAUUGCAGUUAGUGAUAUAUGCACGGCAAGAGAAAGAGGUGUUUAUCAAGGAUAUGCAAAUAUUGUUUUUGGGUUUGGUCAAUUGUUGGGUGCUCCGUUGGGUGGUGUAUUCAUUGAGACUAUUGGAUGGAGAGCCCUUUUCGGUGUUCAAGUACCCAUGAUAAUUCUGUGCUCGAUAUUAGCAAUCAAGAACAUUAACAUUAAGCUAUUUCAUGUGCCUCCUAUGAAGGAAAGGUAUACAUUAAAGAACUUAUCACGCAUAGAUAUAUUUGGUUCUUUAAGUUUAGUGGCCACCAUCAGCGGCGUGCUAUUUUUGUGCUCUAGUCACAUGAACAAGAUUUACUUAGCACUGUUUACCAUUGGCAGUUUCAUUGUAUUUGUACUUGUUGAACGGUAUUACGCAACAGAAAGAAUUUUGCCCUUCGAAUUAUUGACUUGGUCAUUCUGUUUAAGUUCGGCGGUAACAGUUAUAUCUUCGUUUGUUGUAUUUGGUGAGAUUUUCAGGUCACCAAUUUAUCUACAACUACUCCAAAAUAUUAGCGUUACAAAGACUGGUUUGUUUUUGAUUUUCCCCUCUAUAUCAGUUGCGGUAGGAUCAUUGGUAACAGGAUGGGUUUUGCGGAAUACGAAAAUGAACCUAGCUCACUGUGCAUACCAGAUCAUUUUUGGCGGCAUGGUUACGCAAUUGUUGGGUUUGGGUUUGGGUUAUUUGUUGCUGGGACACCUGUAUCCCGACUAUACUGUUUACGAUAUGCUUGAGUCUAUCACAUUCAAAUCGCAUUCCAUAUGGUGGAAAUUGAUCUACGUGUUUGCGUCAGUGUUAGUGUCAUUUGGCUAUGCAUGUUUAUUGGUGGCCACAUUAGUAAGCAUUGUUUUCACUGUUGAAAAAUCUCAACAAGGGACUAUGACCGGUGUUUUUUACUUAUGGAGGUCCAUUGGUAACGUCCUUGGUGCGUCCUUGACUUUAGUGUCCUAUGAAAAUAGCUUGUCGUCCAUGUUAUGGAGCUAUAUGUUUGAGAGAAAGCGUGACGACGGAUACCAUUUCACUAAAAAGCAGUACUACUCUCUCAUUAAUGAUUCAAGCUACUUGAGAAAGCCCAAUUUCCCAACGGAUGUUUUUAUCCGAAUCUUAGAUGUCUACAAGAAAGCAUUUUUGAUUUCCUAUCUCCCAAAUAUAGCCCUUGCAGUAGUGGGAAUUGUUUUAUCACUAUAUUUGGUAAAACAUACGUUUAAACGUACUAGUACUUGA